AUGGAGCUCCCGGCUGACGUUACCGCCGAGUGUGAAGUUCGGUUUUUGAACGCAAAAGGCAUUAAACCGAUAGAAAUUCAUCGCCAAUUAACGGAAGUGUAUGACGAGUGGUGCAUGGAUGUCAAAAACGUUGGCAAAUGGUGUAGGGAGUUUGCAGCUGGUUGUACUGAAAUUCAUGACGAAGAAAGAAGCGGCCGACCCUUAAUUUCCGACGAACCAGUCGCGAAGGUUGAGCAAAUCCUGUAUGAAAAUCGGCGGAUCACUCUUGAUGAUCUCCGCAUUUUGGUUCCUGAGGUUUCCCGAAGCACCAUUCAUAGGGUUUUGAGGGAAAAGUUGCAAUAUCGGAAAAGUGUUCAAGAUGGGUCCCACGAAUGCUCACAGAAGACCAUAAACGGCGACCCACCUUAUAGUCCGGACUUGGCACCCAGUGACUACUACCUGUUCCCUAAGUUGAAAAACAUUUGGCCGGAACGCGAUUCAGCAACGACGACACUGUUGAAGAUGAGGUCCAACGCUCCCUCAACAAACUGGCGGUGA